AUGGAGCCAAUUUCCGACAGCGAUAUCCGCAUUGUGAACCACGCGCGCAAAUCCCUUCUUUUUUACAACCAACAAGCUUGGACGAGGAAGAACAACACAACCACGUUUGACGUGACCAUUGGAAGUUUCGAUGGCGCUGAGGUCUGUGAACUCGUCGGACUUUUCAUUCUGAACACACUCGAGAAACGCUUUGGGAAAGACGUAGGCCUAUACCGUGACGACGGCUUGGCUGCCCUCAGAACAACAUCAGGCAGACUUGCGGACAAAGCGAGGAAAGAGUUGAUCACCAUUUUUGAGAGCAUUGGCCUCAGAAUCAUCGCCCAGAAAAACAUCGAGUGCGUGAACUUUCUUGACCUGACGCUUGACCUAUCAAACG